CAGGCCUCCAGCGCGGCCAGGAUGAGCUCUGACGGCGGCAGCAAGCCCCUCAAGGUGGGCUCCCGCGUGGAGGUCAUCGGCAAGGGCCACCGCGGCACCGUGGCCUACGUGGGGGCCACCCUGUUCGCCACCGGCAAGUGGGUCGGGGUCAUCCUGGACGAGGCCAAGGGCAAGAACGACGGCACGGUGCAGGGCAGGAAGUACUUCACCUGCGAGGAGAACCACGGCAUCUUCGUCAGGCAGUCCCAG